AUGCAGUGGGGCGGCCUCUACUUCGUGUGUUUAGCUUUAUGCUGUCUUCACACUGCAUCAGAACCACAACGUUUAUCAGAAGAAUAUACCACAAACGGCGUCCGAAAGCAUCGGAGCGAUGAUAAGGACGGACUGGCUCUGUCCAGGGAAAUAUUCAAGAACAUUACCCAGAAACUCCGAGAAAACAUCCAGAAGGAAGGGGCAACUGACGCGAACAAUAAAAUAUUACAGCCAGAUAAGGUCGAGGAUCCUCAAAGGAGUCACUAUGCACCCUAUCAAGAGUAUCAUCACUAUGAGCGACAUUGGGGACCUUAUUUCGAGGAGAAGAAUAUUACACAAGUGGCAGCACAUGUAGGGGCCGAAGCGGUAUUGAACUGUCGUGUUGUGAUGUUGAAAGACAAAACUGUCAUGUGGCUUAGAAACACGACGGACACCGCUCAACUUCUAACGGUCGGCCCCGCACCUUAUGCGGGUGAUAAUCGAGUGGCUGUAAAGUUUCAGUAUCCCAACAAUUGGCGGCUUAGCAUCAACCCUGUAAAGUGGUCUGAUGCAGGUUUAUAUAUGUGCCAAAUAUCAACACAUCCACCGAGAACAAUAUAUGCAAAUUUCUCAGUACUUCCUCCAGUAUUGACUAUAAAUGGAGAUAAAACACAUGACGUAAAGGAUAGGUUCUAUAAAGCUGGAAGUUCCAUAAAGCUUUCCUGUGUAAUAUCCGAGGAAUAUGUCUCAUCGCUACCCACUAAACCAACAAUUACUACUAAAACCUCCCCAACGACCACUACGCCUUUGACUACUACGACAGAAUUGACUACGAAAAUGAGUACAACAUUCAAUAGAAUAGAUUUAUUGUUGAAUAAAAGUUGGAGUGUUGAAACAACAACAAUUACAUCAACUGUUAGUAUAAGUACUACAGCCAAGAGUUCUGACUGGAGUACACACCUAACUACGGUUGAGCCGGUAACAAGAACAGUGGUAAACAACGUUUACGGUAUUACUUGGAAAAAGCAAGGAAAAGAUUUUAUCGAGUUCGUUACUUGGCGAAAUAUGAGGUAA